GUGCGAGCGCUGCUUCGGCAGCUGCUCCCAGCGACGAAGCUGCCGCCUGGUGAAGGCGUCGUGCUGGUCCUGAACAACCUCGGAGGCACGUCCCCCUUGGAGAUGUCAGUGCUGUGCGAUGCCGCCUUUCGCCAGCUGCAGGACCUGGGUGUCGAGGUCGCUGGUUGCGUGCAGGGUACCUUGGUCACCUGCUUGGACAUGCACGGAGUCUCUUUGUCCUUGAUCCCCCUGGCCGAUGCACCGGGCCAGCUCUUGGAGCUCUUGGCGGCCCCGGCGCAGGUGGGAUCCGCUUGGCCUGGGCUUCUCAUCCCUCCCGAAGACUCGGAGGCCGUAGUCCAGAACGAUCUGGUGCCCAGCCCGGCAGCUGGCACCGAGACUGGGGCGGCGGUGGCCCAGACACGCGCGGUUAUCUCCGCUGCAUGCCAGAUGCUCAUCUCUGACUCCACAGUAAAAGCUCUGGACGAGAUGGACUUCGAGUGCGGGGAUGCCGACUGUGGUGGCACCCACCGGGACGCUGCAGAGGCCCUCUUGGCCACCCUGGAGGCCGUGCCAGGCGAGCCAGCGGAUGCGCUUCGGUUCUUGGCACACCAUUUGGAACACCAGUGCCGUGGUGCCAUUGGCGGAAUCUACGUCUUGGGUUUAGAGGCGGCUGCCAAACGAGUAGGGUCCGCGCCUACACUUCUCGAUUGGGCAGAGGCGCUUGAUGCUGCUGGAAAGGCCAUCCAGGAGUAUGGAGGGGCGCAGCAGGGCGACAGGACUAUCCUGGACGCGGUGCUGCCUGCGGCAGAGGCCUUGCGAUCCUGCGCAAAGUCGCCGAACGCACUGGCAGAAGCCGUGAAGGCGGCGAAACAGGGCGCCAAGAAGACCCAGCAAAUGGUGGCGAAGAAAGGACGUGCUGUCCACGUGCCACCCAGCCGACAAGCACGCUCGCCGGACCCGGGUGCGGUAGGCUUCGCAAAGUGGCUCGAAGCGGUGGAGAGGGCACUUCGGGACUAG